AGAAAAAAGGGGGGGUCCCAACUAGAAUUUAUUGUUCCAACUUCUCACACAUCCAUUUUGUUAUUCAUUUUAUUCAAAUUUAUAGACAAUGUUCUAAAAUCUCAUGGCAAGUUUAGACAUGAUGUACAACUCAUCCGAACAAAAGGGUCAUCAUCAUAAUAAUCAUCCUCAUCAUUGUGCUCCAAUGAGUCCAAGAAUCUCUUUCUCAAAUGACUUUGUAGAUCUCCAACAAGCCAUCAAACAAGAAAGAGGUUCCAAAUCCAACAACUCACAACAACAACCUGUGUCCUCAGAUUUUGAGUUCUCUGUCACUAAUUACUCAAUGAUGAGUGCUGAUGAGCUUUUCUCUAAGGGUAGAUUGUUACCUUACAAAGAUAGUAAGAUGCAAAGAGGUGCAACUACUACUCUUAAACAAGAACUUCUCCAUAAUGAUGAUGAAUAUGAUGGUUUUUCUUUAAGGCCUCCAAAGGGUAGAUGGAAGGGACUUUUGGGACUUAGGAAAAGUCACAUUGGCUCUAAAAAAGCUGAGAAAAGUGAAGCUUCUAGACCUAAUGAAGGACAUCAGGAUAUGAUGAAUGAAGGAAGCUCAAGUUACUAAGAUUUGGAAAUUGGCAUAUAAGUUAAGGCUGAAGGAAUAUUUAGAAGAAUGAACUAAUUUUUCUUCUUCUCUUCUUUUUUUUUUGUUAUUCUUGUUUUGUUCAUGAUUGGAUUUGGGAUAUGUUAAGUGAAUUUGUGUUAGGGUUUGGAUUAUUGUUUUGUUCUCUUGUAAUUUCUGUUAGUUAGAUCCUUUAGGAAUUAGGAUCUGAGUAUUUUGUUGUAUAUUAGUGUUUAUGUAUUUGACAACUUUUUGACUCCAAAAGAAAAACCACCUUUAGAGUUUUCACAUAUCUUUUUCUUGAAUGAAAUUGACAAAUGUAGAUUGCUACUAAAUGUUCUUACUUUUUUCAUGCUUUGACAACCAA